UCCCUUUGCGUUGCAAAUGUGGAGAAGAGAGCCGCUGUUUUGGUAAAACCUGAAAAAACACAAGCUGAUGCUUUAUUCCCCAAAUCAGCCUCCCCUGCUCCCACUGGGAUGGGUUUUUAUUUCUUGAAAACUCCAAUUCACACACCCAUCAGACUUUGAUUAUUAUUUUCACCUUCUUUUUCUGAAGUUUAGUAGAGUGGUGGAUUGAAGACAACAAAACAUUCUCAACCUCAAUGAUGGAGGUUAUAAGGAAUGGUUAGCCUACAUAUCUCUGCGAUGUCACUGCAAUUAUUGUGUGUUUGUCGAUUCUGAGGAUGGUGAGAGCGCUGGACGGAGGAUUAACGACACCGAUGCGCAGCGGUCAGCGGUGACAGAGCAGCGGCGGAGCGGUGGCGUAGCGAGAAGAUCUGGUGAAGGGAGGUGGCGUCGCGACGGAGCGAAGGCAAAUCGCGCGGCGAGACGGCGAAGUUUGUCAACUUGGAGCGUGGGCACGGCGGGAAUCGUUAUAUGAUCCUAAAUACCAACUGGAAUCUGAAUUUUGUUGGUUUGUUUUAAAAAUACUGAAUUAAGUAAAAGCAACCAACUCUGACUGCAAAAUGAACUGAUAAACAACGGGGUGCCCGGACCAUUUUAGUUUUCAAUGGAAACUUCUUGUGCCUGACUCAAGAAAAAGAAAUUAACUUCUGGAUGUUACUUUGUUAGCCUGACAGAAGAAGAAUUUGAUAUCUUAUCAAGAAACGAGAACUGUGAGAAGGUGAUGGACCUGAAGCCGUUCAAGCUAGACAUUGAUGAGCUCAUAAAUGAGUUUGCUGAGUGUGAGUUAACUACUUUUGCUGAAUUCAAAAGAGUGUGGCUUUCAAGAAAGUUCUCAUUCAUAUUUGAGGCUAGCCCUUCCACUAACCGAAGUUUCUUUAUGCAGUCAUUGUAUGCACAUUCCAUUGGUUACAUGGUUUCAUCUGGUUCUUUCUCAAACAAACUGGGUGGGCUGUAUUGCUUGUACUGCCUGUAUGAGACUCAGCCAUUCAAGCCGCCUUACAGAAUAUAUUUGUCUCUUGGAGAGUUGAGACAGCUUAAGAACCUUGCAAUUGAGUCAAAGGCAAAGGGCCUGAAAGUGGUUUCUGCUUUACUGAAGAGUAUGCUAGAGAGGAACAUGUUUCUUUUUGGUUUCGUGGGUGCAAAUGAGGGCUCUCCAACCGAGAGAGUAAAUGAACUUACAGACAUACAGAAUGCUCGUGUCCAAGCAGCAUAUAAGAAGUUAUUUGCAAAUUCUCGGCUGGAGCACUUUAUCCACAUGGACUUGGGCAUGGAGCUGGAAGUUGAUAUGCUCAAAAGAAGAUCAUCAGAUUAUGCACUGGCCAAAGAGCUGGCAAUCAAAGAGGCUAGCCAAGUGAUAGACGUCCAGAAUGUAAAGCACAUAACAGAAAAUAAGAGAUUGAUUGGAGAGAUGGUCGAGAAGACUGCUGCAGAUUGGAAUUCCCAGAAAGAAUUGUUCUAUGAACAAACAGGUUUUGGUCAUCUCUCUGUUGCAGCACCUCCACAGCAACAGAGUUCAAAUGAGAAUUUGAAGCGAAAGGAACCCUGCGAAAAUCUUGAAAGGCAACAAGACAAUGAUAAUUUUGGUAAAGAACUGGAAGAAGUUUUGCUAUUUCAACCGUUGGAAUGUGAUGAUGAAGAAGCUGAACAUUCCGAUCCUUCAGAAGAGGAGACGUAGUUCAAACACUGGAGAUUUCUAUUAGGACUAGGUUGGAGUAAAACUUUUUUGUAUGAUAGAGACACUUUCCAUUUCCUUAGGAUCGGCUCAAGCCUACGGGAAAUUGGCCUUUGUGGGACAAGUUGUAGAUUUCUACACUUGCUGAAGACUCACUUAAGUGUGGAUGUUGUCCCACUUCUUUACGUUCAAACUCAAGUAUGAAUUCAUCUCUUAGCUCUCUAAUUGCAAGUUGCAUUUACAACUGGGGAUGGCGGGACUACAGCUCCCAUGUCAAGAAAAGCAAGCAAGCAUCAUUAUUGUAAUUGUUCCAUGCUGUAGUGAAUUUUCAUCUUUUUCCCUUUUGGAAUGGACCAAAAUAAACUUUCCUAGUAUUAUUUUUAUUUUUGUAAUUCACUGUAGACUGGAGAAGGAUUCUGUAAUAUUAUUUGUUAUUGGCAUUUACUCCAUUUUUCAUCC